UCAGAUGCUCCUGGGUCGCGGUGGGGAAGGUCCAGGAGAUCUUGUGGUAGAGCCUGAGAGUCGAGUACCGGAGUGAGCCGGCGAGGGAUGGCGGCCAUGGGGACUGUGGUCGCAGUGGCCACGGGCAGGCUCCUGGUUCUGCUGCUGCUGCUGGGGCUCACGGUGCCCGCCGCCGCGCUGGCCGGCUACAUCGAGGCUCUUGCAGCCAAUGCUGGAACAGGCUUUGCUGUCGCUGAGCCUCAAAUCGCCAUGUUUUGUGGGAAGUUAAACAUGCAUGUGAACAUUCAGACUGGGAAGUGGGAACCUGACCCCACAGGCACUAAGAGCUGCCUGGGAACAAAAGAAGAAGUGCUGCAGUACUGCCAGGAGAUGUAUCCAGAGCUGCAGAUCACAAAUGUGGUGGAAGCAAACCAGGCAGUCAGUGUUGACAACUGGUGCCAGAAGGACAAGAAGCAGUGCAAGAGUCACAUUGUAAUACCCCUGAAGUGUCUUGUGGGUGAAUUUGUCAGCGAUGUCCUGCUAGUUCCAGAAAAGUGCCAGUUCUUCCACAAAGAGCAGAUGGACGUGUGUGAGAACCACCAGCACUGGCACACAGUAGUCAAAGAGGCCUGUCUGACUCGGGGGAUGGCCUUAUAUAGCUAUGGCAUGCUGCUGCCCUGCGGGGUGGACCAGUUCCACGGCAUGGAGUAUGUGUGCUGCCCCCAGACAAAGGUUAUUGAAUCUGCCAUAUCAAAAGAGGAGGAGGAGGAAGAAGAUGAAGAAGAGGAGGAGGAAGAAGACUAUGAUAUUUAUAAAAGUGAGUUUCCUACCGAAGCUGAGCUGGAGGACUUCACAGAGGCUGCAGCAGAUGAGGAGGACGAGGAUGAUGAAGAAGGAGAGGAAGUGGUGGAGGAUCGCGACUACUAUUACGACACAUUCAAAGGAGAUGACUACAACGAGGAGAAUCCCACCGAACCCAGCAACGGCGGGCCUAUUUCAGAAAAGGAAAUCAUUCAUGAUGUUAAAGCUGUCUGCUCCCAGGAGGCGCUGACGGGGCCUUGCCGGGCCGUGAUGCCUCGUUGGUACUUCGACCCCUCCAAGGGCAAGUGUGUGCGCUUUAUAUAUGGUGGCUGCGGAGGCAACAGGAACAAUUUUGAGUCUGAGGACUAUUGUAUGGCUGUGUGUAAAACGAUGAUUCCUCCAACCCCUCUGCCCACCAACGACGUGGAUGUGUACUUCGAGACGUCCGCUGAUGACAAUGAGCACGCCCGCUUCCAGAAGGCCAAGGAGCAGCUGGAAAUCCGGCACCGUAACCGAAUGGACAGGGUAAAGAAGGAAUGGGAAGAAGCAGAGCUUCAAGCGAAGAAUCUCCCCAAAGUAGAGAGGCAGACACUCAUUCAGCACUUCCAAGCGAUGGUGAAAGCUCUGGAGAAGGAGGCGGCCAGUGAGAAGCAGCAGCUGGUAGAGACCCACCUGGCCCGUGUGGAGGCCAUGCUGAAUGACCGGCGCCGCAUGGCCCUAGAGAACUACCUGUCCGCCUUGCAGUCCGAUCCCCCCCGGCCUCAUCGCAUCCUCCAGGCCUUGCGGCGUUAUGUCCGUGCUGAGAAUAAAGACCGUCUGCACACCAUCCGCCAUUACCAGCAUGUGCUGGCUGUGGACCCAGAGAAGGCAGCACAGAUGAAGCCCCAGGUAAUGACACAUCUGCACGUGAUUGAAGAAAGAAGGAACCAAAGCCUCUCUCUGCUUUACAAAGUCCCUUACGUGGCCCAGGAGAUCCAGGAGGAGAUUGAUGAGCUGCUUCAGGAGCAGCGUGCAGACAUGGACCAGUUCACUGCCUCCAUCUCCGAGACUCCUGUGGACGUCCGGGUGAGCUCGGAGGAAAGCGAUGAGAUCCCGCCAUUCCACCCCUUCCACCCCUUCCCGUCCUUACCUGAGAACGAAGACACUCAGCCGGAGUUGUACCGCCCAAUGAAAAAAGGCUCCGGAGUGGGAGAGCAGGACGGAGGACUGAUAGGUGCUGAGGAAAAAGUGAUCAACAGCAAGAAUAAGGUGGAUGAAAACAUGGUUAUCGACGAGACUCUGGAUGUCAAGGAGAUGAUCUUCAACGCUGAGAGAGUGGGAGGCCUUGAGGAGGAGCCAGAAUCAGUGGGGCCACUGCGGGAGGACUUCAGCCUGAGCAGCAGUGCCCUCAUUGGCCUGCUGGUCAUCUCGGUGGCCAUCGCCACAGUCAUCGUCAUCAGCCUGGUGAUGUUGAGAAAGAGACAGUAUGGAACCAUCAGCCAUGGGAUCGUGGAGGUUGACCCAAUGCUAACCCCAGAAGAGCGUCACCUGAACAAGAUGCAGAACCAUGGCUACGAAAACCCGACCUACAAAUACCUGGAGCAGAUGCAGAUUUAAGUGGGAGAUUGGUUGAUGGGGCACCCUCCUCCCCGCUGGGGUUGAAUGGUGCAGGUGGCUAAAGAGGAGAUCCAGUGUUUUGGAUCCACUGCUGACCACUAGUAACUUCCAGAGGAUUUCAUCUUACAUUCAGAGCUGGAUAUUAAGACUCUAAAGUACUACUGUAGAAUUCACAAUUUCCAUUCUUUUAAAUGGGUGAAAAAAAUGUUAAUAUAACAAUAUAUGAUAUAUAAAACUUAAAUGAGAAAAAAAUUAUCUAUUGCAGAUAUUGAUGGGAUGUAGUUUUUUUUGUUUGUUUGGGUUUUUUUUUGUUGUUGUUGUUUACUUUUAAUUAAUCGGGACUCCCAUUUCUAGUGUGUUGUCUCCCACCUGGAAAGUGUGGAUUUUCAGUGACACACUGUAUAUGCAGGCCAUUUGUCCAAGUCGCAUUGUGUAAAUCAACUCUUUAAGGCUCACUCACUGUCCUGGUUUUUCUUUUUCUUUUUUUUUUUUAUUAAGUUAAAAAAAAAGAUACAGUAUUCCCUGGUUUAAUGAGCUUUGCGAAAGUUGCUGAGAAACAAAGUGAAACGGGAAACCCUAGUUAACCAUGAAGCACAUCAGACACCCUCGCAGAGUCAUUCUGAAGGAUCAGCUCCUGGGCAGCCUGGUGUUUCCCGCUGCUUGUAACCAGCCUGACAUGUACAGACUAGGGCCAGCACUACUGCUUUCCGUCAAAAUCCAGUUCUUCCACAGAAAUCAGCCUGUAGUUUGUCUAGGGCGUCCUUCCACCAUCUGUUGUUGACCUACUGUAGCUUUUUACUACUCACCUCCCUCCCAAGGAAUGUCCAACUGUGCUCUUUUCCUCUCUGGACACGUCCCUCUGAAGGCACUGACCCUGCACUCUCCCCACCGUUCUCACGCCUGUCACCAGCCUCUUGGCUGUUCCCUCAGAGAAGAUGGUUGGCAGUCAGCGGCCCCUGAGAGAGGAGAAACAUGGUGGUUUGCUUUCCGUGUGGUGGAAGGGGGGCUGUUCGAAAUUUCACGACAUGAUAUGAAAGCUUUUUGUUUCCUCAUAUGAGUUUGUAAUGCUUGUAUAGUUAAUGUUGAUGCUCACAGCUUUUUCUCCCCCCCCCUUUUUUUUUUUUUAUUCUGAAGGUUCUGGUAACCUGUGGUGUAUCUUUUUUUUUUUUUUAUUUCCCUGUAACUGUUCUUUUCUCUUUUCUCCCCUUGACCUGAUUCAUAUCUCUUCCCACUAUGCACAGAUAAACUUCACCUACAAAUUCCUUAACCUGAGCUGUGGAGAAUGUACAGAGUUUAAACACAUCAAUAAAUACUUUAACUUCCA